GCGUGCGGCCACCGUCCGUUCACUUCAUUAGCAGGCUUUGUGUCGCCCAGGGGUUGGGAGAACCCGAGAAGGUGACUGCUGACUGCGCUGAAGACAAAAGUACGACUUUAGCCAAACUUUUGGGCACGCCGGUUUCUCUGACUAGCCGGACCCUGAUUUGCUCUGCUCGCUUCUUUCUCCCAAGAGUUAGGCAGUUGUGUUAGAAUCGCUGAUAGAAACCAGGUCUCCUGGCGCUCUCUCCGCUGCUUGGCUUGCGGCUCUUGACUUUCUACUACAAAGGGGCGAAAUCAGUCGGGUUCAUUAAAAUGCCACUGGGACAUAUCAUGAGAUUAGACCUAGAGAGAAUUGCCUUGGACUACAUAGUGCCUUGUUUGCAUGACAUUGGUUUUUGCUACCUGGACAAUUUUUUGGGCGACUUGGUAGGAGACUGUGUCCUGGAACGUGUGAAGCAGAUGCAUUAUAGCGGGGAGCUGCAGGAUGGCCAGCUAGCCGGCAAGCGCAAAGGCAUCUCCAAAAGACACUUGAGGGGAGACCAGAUAAAGUGGAUCGCAGGCACUGAGGAGGGAUGCGAGGCCAUCAACUUUCUCUUGUCACUGAUAGACAGACUGGUUAUGUACUGUGGAAGUAGACUUGGCAAAUACUAUGUGAAAGAGAGGUCCAAGGCAAUGGUAGCCUGCUACCCUGGAAAUGGAACUGGCUAUGUGCGUCAUGUAGACAAUCCUAAUGGCGAUGGGCGCUGUAUCACUUGUAUUUACUACCUGAACAAAAACUGGGAUUCAAAGCUGCAUGGGGGAAUUCUACGAAUAUUCCCAGAGGGCAAGUCCUACGUAGCAGACGUUGAACCUCUGUUCGACAGAUUACUUUUUUUCUGGUCAGAUCGAAGGAACCCACAUGAAGUGCAGCCUUCCUAUGCAACAAGGUAUGCCAUGACUGUGUGGUAUUUUGAUGCUGAAGAAAGAGCAGAAGCCAAAAAGAAAUUCAGGAAUCUAGUUGAUGCAGGGAAGACAGAAGCAGUUCUCAAUGAAGACUGAACAGAGGGAUACCCAACAUAAUUCCUUUUAAUGAUGAUUUUGGGACUGUUUUGCAAGCAAUAAGAUCCAAAGAUGUGGUCUGUUUCUGGUGAUUACUGGACUCUCUUCUUGCAGAAAUGCACUAAUUUGUGGGCACUGUCUAGCAUUUGCAUAUUACAGCGAUGGUACUCCUGGCAGCUUCCUACCACAUCCAUUUGGCACAAAGCACCCCUGUUUUCUACCUGCCUUUUAAGUGAAGAAUGCCACCAGGUUGUUUUUUUUUAAGAAAAUGAAGAAUAUCGCCAAGCCUCCUGCUAAUGACAAGACCAAGUUAGCAAUACUGGUAAUAAAGAUCCUAAGCAUUCGAAACUGUUGGGGAAACCUGAGUCUUGAUUUGCACUUUAUGUACGUUUUUCUAGUUCAAAGGGAAGGAUCCCUCUCUGGCAGACUGCAGAUGGGCAGCAACAGAAACAAUCAGGGAUGCAAAACAGAACUACAGUACACGUCUGUCAGGAGCCAACUUCAUCAUGUUUAACGUGGGGCCUUUGAUGGGCCAUCUUGUCACUUUGCUGCACAGGCUAUUGGCUUCACCAGCCUAUAUUGUUUAUUCCCCCCCUAAAAGGAUAUGCCUCCCACUUCCUAUAAAAUUGCCUGGAUUUUAUUCAUGUUGCUAAAGCCAAGCAGCAGCAGCAGCAGCGUUCCAUUGCUCUGCCUUUUAGAGCCCCAGGACAGAGGUGGAAGCAGUUGAGCAGCUGUCCACUGUUUCCUUUUUUCAUCUUCUUUUCUGAAGUAUGAAUGAUCUAUCUAUUCACAUUUUACGAAGCAGCCAGCUCCACCUCCUACCCAAAUUUGUAAACCAUUUUUAAAUUAAAAAAAUUGAUGAUAAACUGAAUGCAUAUAUGCCAAGAAUACACCUAGCCAAGCUUUAUUUUUAUUCUUUUAAAACUGAUCUUCCACCUGCCACAAUUUGAAUGAUGGAAAUGUAACUCUGUUUCUUUUGACCUGGCAAUUGCAUGGCAGGAUAGCUGUGGUCAGUUACAGAAUGCCAUCCUGAGUCACUUUACAUCUCUGAUUUAAUUUCUCCUCUGACAUUAAUGGAGCUCGGAUUGUACAACUGAAUCUCAAACCUCAUCUCUGUUGUUUGUGAGUCUAUGAGGAAGUGUGUUCAAUACUUCAACCUUUACAGCUCAAUCCUAAAACUUGUUGUGCCAGCAAAAAGUGUCAGGUGGGACGUACAAUACUGUGUGUACCUAUGCAAUAUCAUAGCACAUUACCUUGCAGGCAGACAUGCUAUAAAAACGUUUUGGACUAAGGUUCAUAGUCUCUGUGGUGCCAAGUCAUAUCCCCACUGCAGGUCAGAUGUUUGUGUGUUUUUAUUUCAGGGUAUGUGUGAUUUGUGUGGGGAGAAAUUACUUGGUCCCAGGUUUUACAUUACUGCAGGAAAAUAUUUCCUUCCUGCAUUUGAGCCACGAAUUGUGCUGAGGCAGGAUUAGUAAUUACCAAGCACAAGUUUUCUUACCCUAGUUUCACUUCUUUAAAGGAGAGAGAAAAGAAAACUUUUUUAUUUUCAGUAGCAGAAACCUAGACAUUCAGCACUUACCAUAGAUCAUGCUUAGGAUGGGAGCAAUACAAUGGUUAUUUCCCUCAAAACAGUAUUGUUUUCACCAAAGUAUGUAACACAAACAACAUAUGAGUAUAAAUUCACUUGUUUCAUUGAUACCUAUAGCAAUGAUGUGAACCUUGCUUUGUUCUUCCAUAUGUAUAUAUUUUCUUCCAUGUUCCGUAUAUUUCCACAAACUUAAUUGACACAGACAGUUUGCUUUUUUCUUGUUCGUACAAACCAACAUUUUCUUCAGUGGUUUCAUUUUGUGCUAUUUCUCUUUAUACAUUUAAAUAAGGAAUGACCAUUAUCAUAUUCCAAGACAAGCACAAUGCUCUCCCAGCCCAUGAACAAGACUAAUAUUUAAGCAUUGCUUAGUCUUAGCACAUACCUGUGUGUGUGCGAUAAAUAUUAAGCCAUUUAGCAACACAGCAUGUAGAGGCAAUAUAUUUCAUAGCAAAUUAACAGUUGUUUCUUUAAGGGGAAAAAAGGACUCUCUUGCUGCCAUAUUUGAACUCUGAAUUUUAAGAUGCUUCUGAACGAGUCCAUGUCCUCAGGUUCCUGUGUGGUCAAGAUGGUUUUACGCAUUUUGGUGGGAUUGCUGUGUGACUUCAACACAAAGAGCCUGCUUAAUUUCAGAAAGAAUUGAUCAGCUCAAAUUAUACUUCAAUAGUUAAAGCAUAGAAGCUGAUUCAUCCCAUCUGUGCUAGUGAGUGAUGAAAUCUCCCCCCUCACAGAUAACAUAAAUAGCUCAUAUCAGUUGAAAAGGAACUACGGUAUAUUACCACACUCUUUUAUAAAGCUGUCCUUACCACUCACAGAUAAGUAACAGCCUGCGUGCUCAUCUUUCUUAACUCCUAGGCAUCUAAAAACUUGAAAAUGCAGGAAUACUCAGAACUAUGGUUGUAAGUGUGGUAAAGUAUUUGAAUGUUUUAGUGACGUUAUAUUUAUGCAAAAUUUUGGAUACCUUUCAGAUUAUUACAAAAAUGGGUGAACUGUUUCGAAUGGUUCUGAAUUCUGUAUCAGCAAACAGUCAGUAAGUGGUCUAUUAAGAAAUGGUGGCAGCAUAUCAAUGAAAUAAUUGGAUCAAGCUAAAAAGUAUUGAUUGUUGAGUUUUAUAUGAGUGAAAUAUUCACUGCUGGUAUCACAACCAAAUGGCGCCAAUUGGACACAGGAACUGGAAGGGGUGUGAAAUAAUUCCAGUGCCUUUAGUAAUAAUGAAGUGUGAUUACUAGACAUUUGAGUUUCACCUCAGAUGCUCUUACCUGAGGCCAAAUUCAGCAUUGCGUGGAGUGACAGCAUAAUACUCCCUAUAUGAAAACAUGGUGUGUACCAUUAAGAGUACAGGAUUUCAGCCUUCAUUGAUUAGUCUAAUGGUUGACUCAAUUAAAAGCAUGCAGCCCAAUAAUUACCUUUCCAAAUCUGUUUCCUUUGCACAUCAAACACACCAGGCAAAAUUGCUGUUCAAAGCAAUUGUGUUUGUUGUGGAAUAAACAUUGGGCAAAAAUGCCAACUGUCUUUAAAAAAAAAAAGCGAUUCCUAUGAAUGGGCUAUUUGUCUUUUUAAAUCUGGAUGCCCAUUUGUAGACUUCCUGUGCCGAAAGGCUUGUGGUAAUCUCAUAUUCCUCCAGUGUUUCCUUUGCUCCUACGAGGCAGCAACUUCAGGGGAGUGGGGUGGAGAGUCCAGAAAUUGUAGUCUUGAAUUUGCAUCUCAUACCAAUGCUUUGUUUCAUACCCACUGAUUAGGUAAUUUUGGUAUUUUCAUAAUAAUUGAUUUCUAAUUUUGCUUGCAUGAAAAUUGUAUCCAUUUGCUGGCAAAUCUCUCUCUCUCUCUCUCUCGUUUUCGCUUUUACACCUGUGACUCACUCCCCAACAAUCUCUGGGAGUGCAUUUUGGACAUACCUUUUGCCAGGCCACAUGCUGGUCAUCGUUGCUGGCAGGUGGGCCGAAUACUGAAACAUUCUGUGGUAUUUUGCUGUUCUCCCCACAUUUUGUGUUCAUGUUAAUUUAAAAAAGAAAAAUGUGGAAAAAAGUGUUUCAGGAGUCAAUAAACACUGGGUCAUACCAUCAUACUCUG